UUACGGGUAUCCGCUGUAUAUUUGUGAAAAAGUUUGCAUAUGCUUGGUGUUUGAAUUUGGCAGCGGUUUUAAUCCCUAAAUCCCUCCGCCGGAAGUAAGCUGUCAUUGUGACUAUGGUGGUCUUUUAAAGAUGGCGGAGUGCUUGGCUGCACGUUUGACCGACCAGGAGCAGCAAAUUCGCCUCCUCACCAAGGAAAUAUCCACCCUCCGCGAUGGAUUGAGUCGAGGUUUGGAUGCCGCCGUUGUCGGGGAGCUGUCCCCGGAGGUGGAGUGCCUGCGGACCGAGAACGAGAAGCUCAGGUACCGGCUGCUGCACCUCCGGCGGGGUCUGCAGGCGGAGCUGGAGCUGGAGGAGGAGGCGCAGGGGAAGAAACAGCAAGGAGUGAAGUGUGGCAAAGUUCCUGAGAAGAGCAGCGGGAAAGAGCAACGGACAAAGAAUGAGGUGGUCACUUCUGUUGCCAAACCAGUCGACAAGAACAACAAGAAGGAGAAGAGGCAGGAUAAAGGAGGAGGAGGAGGAGGAGGAGGAGGAGGUUCGAAAGAGCUGAACCCGUGGCCCGGAUUCAUCCCAGAGCGCCUCAGCCUCUACGAGGAGCUGAAGAAGGAGAGCGACGCCCUGCUGGCAAAGAAAGCCCAAGACAGCAAGCCCAUCACCGUGGAGCUGCCAGACGGACGGAAGGUGGAGGGCAAGGCUUGGCUCACCACACCGUACCAGCUGGCCUGUGAUAUCAGCCAGGGUCUGGCCGACAACGCAGUGAUUUCUCGGGUCAAUGGAGAACUCUGGGACCUGGACAGACCGCUCGAACAGGACUGCUCUCUUGAGAUCUUGCGGUUUGACAAUGAAGACGCUCAGGCUGUGUAUUGGCACUCCAGUGCUCACAUCCUGGGGGAGGCGAUGGAGCGCUUUUAUGGAGGCUGUUUGUGUUACGGACCCCCGAUUGAGAAUGGUUUCUACUACGACAUGUUCCUGGAUGGACAGAAGGGAGUGUCCAGCACUGAGUUUGGGGACCUGGAGGCUUUGUGUAAGUCUGUGGUGAAGGAGAAGCAGCCGUUUGAGAGGCUUGAGAUCAGCAAGGAGACACUGCUGAAGAUGUUUAAGUACAACAAAUUCAAGUGCCGUAUUCUGAAUGAGAAAGUCACCACCCCCACGACUACAGUCUACAGGUGUGGACCUUUGAUUGACUUGUGCAGAGGUCCCCAUGUCAGACAUACGGGCAAGAUCAAAGCCAUGAAGAUCUACAAGAACUCUUCAACUUACUGGGAGGGCCGCUCCGACAUGGAGACUCUGCAGAGGAUCUAUGGGAUUUCCUUCCCAGACUCGAAGAUGCUGAAGGAGUGGGAACGUUUUCAGGAGGAGGCCAAGAACCGAGACCAUCGCAAGAUCGGCAAAGAUCAAGAGCUGUUCUUCUUCCAUGAUCUGAGUCCGGGCAGUUGUUUCUUCAUGCCACGUGGGGCUUACAUCUACAACACACUCACCGAGUUCAUCAGGGAUGAGUACUGGAGAAGAGGCUUUCAGGAAGUGGCCUCUCCCAACAUCUACAACAGCAAACUGUGGGAGACAUCUGGUCACUGGCAGCACUACAGUGAAAACAUGUUCUCCUUCCCCGUGGAAGAAGAAAUCUUCGCACUUAAGCCGAUGAACUGCCCCGGGCAUUGUCUCAUGUUCAGCCACAGGCCUCGCUCGUGGAGGGAGCUUCCCCUGAGGCUGGCAGACUUCGGGGUCCUCCACAGAAACGAGCUGUCAGGAACGCUGACGGGGCUGACCAGAGUACGGCGCUUCCAGCAGGAUGACGCUCACAUUUUCUGCACCAUGGAACAGAUCGAGACAGAGAUGAAGGGCUGCCUCGACUUCCUCCGCUGUAUUUACGACGUGUUUGGAUUCUCCUUCCAGCUUCACCUCUCCACCCGUCCAGAGAAGUAUCUGGGCGACAUCGCAGUGUGGAACCAGGCUGAGAAGCAACUGGAGAACAGCCUGAACGAAUUUGGGGAGCCAUGGAAACUCAACCCUGGAGACGGCGCUUUUUACGGACCCAAGAUUGACAUUAAGAUCAAAGAUGCAAUUGGACGCUACCACCAGUGCGCAACCAUUCAGCUGGACUUCCAGCUGCCUAUCCGCUUCAACCUGACCUUUGUGGGGAAGGACGGAGACGACAAAGCUCGGCCAGUCAUCAUCCAUCGUGCCAUCCUGGGCUCAGUGGAGAGGAUGAUCGCCAUCCUCACGGAGAACUACGCCGGGAAAUGGCCUCUGUGGAUCUCUCCACGUCAGGUGAUGUUAGUGCCUGUCAACCCCUCCUGUGAGGAUUACGCCAAGAAGGUGUGUAAGCAGUUUACAGAAGCUGGUUUCAUGGCAGAUGCUGACUUGGACUCAGGCUGUCUUCUCAACAAGAAAAUCCGCAACGCUCAGCUAGCCCAAUAUAACUUCAUUCUCGUGGUCGGGGAGAAGGAGAAGAUGACUAACAGUGUCAACGUGCGCACGAGAGACAACAAAGUCCACGGAGAGCUGUCAUUGGCCGAGGUGCUGGCCCGCCUGACCCUGCUCAAACAAUCCCGCUGUCGAAAUGCAGAGGAGGAGUUCUGAUCCAGAUGAAGAAACAAUCCAGACUUCUGCAUAUUUAUUACCUCAGCUGCAGUCAGAUGAGCAGUGAACGGGCAAAUGAUGGCACAUGUAAUGAUGGUAGAGUGAAAGUGUAGUAUGUAGAGCAGAAAUCAGACUGAGGAACCGGUGAGCUGAUAAUCUGUAGGUACAUGUAAUGAAUGAGGCUGCAGAAUAACUCCCACACGAACAUAUGGAAGCCCGAUUCUGCCGGUAUGUCAAAAAAAAAAUCAUGUUAUUCAUUAUUAUCAGACUCACUAUCUCCAAAUAUGAGAAACUAGGUGAUGACUGGUGAUACCAACCCAUUAUUUUGAGAUUGUUUUUCACCAUUAUGACUUAACAGAAUAUUUUUUUCAUCAUACUGGCAGUUGUGUUCUUCCAUACGAUCAUGUGUGAAGGCCAGAAAGAGACAUGUUUUUGUACGUGGUGAUUGUAUUCAAUCAUGUUGAAGUAAUUUAAGGUCUACAUGAAGGGAAGUUAGUUGAUAAUAUCAGGAAACCGUGUGAUAAUUGUCAGAAUGAAGAUGACUGAUGAUGAAAUUGGCACUGAUUUUCUUUUCUUUUUUAAAAAAACAAUGAUCUGUCAAGAAAUAAAACAAACUUUACUGAAUGUGA